GCCCCGCCGGCGUCAGUCCUCCUGCAGCCGCUCGGGAAGCGGAGGGCAGGGCACCGCGGAGCCCGAGGGUCCCGAGUCCGCGCCUCGGGGGGCAAACUUUCUCCCCGGGCCGCGGAGACGACGGCGGGCUGCGAGGACGCGAAGGCUCUGCCUGCCCCGAGCGAGCCCCCGGCGGCCGCAUCCCUGGACGAGCUGGUGUCAUUUUUGUUCUAUCCUGCAUCAUCCUUAUCUUUAAGAGGAAAAGUACAAGGCACAAAAACAAAUUGGAUUGCAUCUAAGUAAGAAGCUGCUUCAUUAGAAGUAUAUUUUUCAGAAGAUGAUAUACAGGAUUUAGAGCUUACUGAACUGAACGGUGACUUGGAGGACUGCCAUCAUGAAUCGUGCUUUUAGCAGGAAGAAAGACAAAACAUGGAUGCAUACUCCUGAAGCCUUAUCAAAACAUUACAUUCCCUAUAAUGCAAAGUUUCUUGGCAGUACAGAAGUGGAGCAGCCAAAGGGAACGGAAGUCGUGAGGGAUGCUGUGAGAAAACUAAAGUUUGCAAGACACAUCAAGAAAUCUGAAGGCCAGAAAAUUCCUAAAGUUGAAUUGCAAAUAUCAAUUUAUGGAGUAAAAAUUCUAGAACCCAAAACAAAGGAAGUCCAACACAAUUGCCAGCUUCACAGAAUAUCAUUUUGUGCAGAUGAUAAAACAGACAAGAGGAUAUUCACUUUCAUAUGCAAAGAUUCGGAGUCAAAUAAACAUUUGUGCUAUGUGUUUGACAGUGAGAAGUGUGCUGAAGAGAUAACUUUAACAAUUGGCCAAGCGUUUGAUCUGGCAUACAGGAAAUUCCUAGAAUCUGGAGGAAAAGAUGUGGAAACAAGAAAACAGAUUGCAGGGCUGCAGAAAAGAAACUUAGUGUUCUCAUGUGACUUUGCUUCACUUCCUGAUGCUUCUCAUGGGGAUCAGAGCAGCAGAAACAGCAGAUGCUGGAUCCAAGAUUUAGAAACAGAAAACAUGGAACUCAAAAAUAAAGUACAAGAUUUGGAAAACCGCUUGCGAAUAACUCAAGUAUCAACAUCUCCAGCAGGCAGUGUGAUGCCUAAGUCACCCUCCACCGACAUCUUUGAUAUGAUUCCAUUUUCUCCAGUAUCACACCAGUCUCCAAUAUCUACUCGCAAUGGCACACAGCCACCUCCAGUACCAAGCAGAUCUGCAGAAAUCAAACGGGACCUGUUUGGAGCUGAACCUUUUGACCCGUUUAACUGUGGAGCAGGGGAUUUCCCUCCAGAUAUUCAGUCAAAACUAGAUGAGAUGCAGCGUCAGAGAUGGAGGGGUUCAAAAUGGGACUAACUCUUGAAGGAACAGUGUUUUGUCUCGACCCAUUAGACAGUAGGUGCUGAUGUCAAGAACAAGAAAUUCUGACUGGUUUGAAUUUGUUUAUGAACAUAUAUGUCAUUGAUUAUUAUUUCAAGGCAGGUAUUAUACUUGUGCCAAUAUAUUUUUGAAUAUCAAAAUGUUUUGCAAUCUAUUGUAGUCAAAUGUCUUCAUACUGAUGUAUUUCUAUUUUAAAAACAACUUGGUGGAAUGUAUUUCACAUGUUCAUGUUACAUUGUUUCUGUUGUAGGUGAAUUUAUAAUUGAAAGACAAAUUAUCUAAACAUCUACCCUGUCUGCAUUAUAACAAAAUAUCAUCUUGAAAUUUGUACACAUUUUCCAUGCUAUUAGUUUAUUAUUGAUGUUCCAAUAGCCAUAAUAGAUAGCUCUUAAAAUUUUAAGAGAUAUGCUGAUGCCAAACUAAACAUGUUCUAUUUUCAAAGUAAUGAACAUGUUACCACUCAUCAGGCAGAAGUCAUUUUACAUAUAUACUGCUGUUGCUAUCAUUAUUAAAAUCUAAACUUUGAGUAUUAUCCUACCAGGUCACUAAAUUUUAUCUGAUAAAAUAAGAAUAUAUAUUCCAAUAGUAAUUACAUAAAUCAUAUUUAUAUUAAUACAAGGGAGUUAUACUAGUUAUAAUGUUGAAUUUGCUUCAUAAGUAGUGAUAGUGGGGAAAAUUGAUAUUUUUAAAAAUUUCAAAAUUUCAUUUUGAAUAUAAUAUCUAGCCAUCAUCUGACCUAUUAUUUUCUUUAAAAACUGGAAUAUGUGCUAUUAAUAGAAUACUGCCUGUUAUCCAUAUUUAUUUUACCAAAUAUUUUUCAGAUUUUUUUUCCCUUGGGCCAAGAUAGGUUUUCACAAAAAUUCCCUUUGUGACAGCUUACUAGUUUUGACACUAUAAAAUCUAUGAAAGCUAUUUAAAAUAUAAAUUGAAACUGUCUAGAAAAUUUAUUUUUCAUUUGUUUUCUUGACAUCAGACUCUCCUUGUUCACAAAGAUGGAGUUUCUGAUCAACUUCCCCUCGGCCCUGACCAGUAAAGUUCUAUGGCAUGUCAUUCUUGAUGGCUGAUGCAUUGUGACCUUUGAGUACAUUUGCUUCUGAUAUCUUUGUCCAUAUGUAACAGACUAACAACAAAAGUACAGAAAAAAAGUAUGGUCAAAUUUUCUAAUUUGAUUUAUUAGAUUAUAAGAAAAAUAAAUGAUCAUGGUGGCUCUCAAAAAUACAUUUGUAGAUUCUUUUACUUGUGAUGAUUUUAUGCAAGUGCUGAAGGUACAUUUUUGUUAGGUCAAAAGUCAAAUAUACUUAUGCAAUAUUAUAACUGUAAACAUCUCCAUCAUGUCAAAUGAUCUAUAUGAGCUUUCUUAUUUGUAUUCUGUUACCUGCUAAGUUAUACCUUAAAUAGAUGGUAGUAUAUGUUUCAUAAAGAAGUCUUUAUAAUUUUGUUUGGCAUACAGUAUUUUGGAAUUUGUAUAAUGAGGAUGUUUAGAAGCCACAUACAUGGCUUUUUUUUAACAGAUAGAAUUUGUAUUUUUAUUGUACUUUAAAAAGCUUUAUGUAACAGGUAUAUAUUUAGCAGCCAUUUAUUAUCAAUUGUAACACAAUAGAGUACUAAGAUGAUAUUUGCACAUUUAAGAUACGUUAUUUUACCAAUUUUUAAUGGUAAUCAUUACUGCUACUGGCAUGAUGAAAUAGUACAUAAUUGGUAAUUAAUUAUGAACAUUUAUUUCACCAGUGCAUUUUUAUGAAGGUAUGGUUUAAAAUUGUAUUUCUAUGUAUACUCAAUGAUAUGUUUGAUUUUGCUGAGA